AUGGCGCGGGCACUCACUCACCUCAUUCUCAUCACGUUUAUCACCCUCUUAAUAUUCCUCCACCUCAUCGCCGGCAACUCCACGCUCCUCCGCAACCGCCGCCAUGGCUCACGCCCUGCUAUGGUUCUUCCUCUGUACCUCUCCGCACCCAAUUCCACUACGUCAGCGCUCGAUCCCCGUCGCCAGCUUUACGGAUCCGAGUCCAAGCGCCACCUUAACGCGCGCAUGAGACUCCACGACGAUCUCCUCCUCAACGGCUAUUACACGACGCGGCUUUGGAUCGGGACUCCUGCGCAGAUGUUUGCUCUUAUUGUUGAUACGGGGAGCACUGUUACGUAUGUUCCGUGCUCCUCUUGCGAACUGUGUGGCAGGCACCAGGAUCCAAAGUUUCAGCCAGAUUCAUCAAGCACCUAUGAACCUGUCAAAUGUACAAUUGAUUGCAACUGUGACAGUGACAGGAUGCAGUGUGCGUAUGAGAGAGAAUAUGCUGAAAUGAGUUCGAGCAGUGGUGUCCUUGGUGAGGAUGUCAUAUCCUUUGGAAAUCAGAGUGAGCUUGCUCCACAGCGUGCUGUUUUUGGCUGUGAAAAUGUUGAGACUGGUGAUCUUUUUAGUCAACAUGCUGAUGGCAUCAUGGGUUUGGGCCGCGGAGAUCUUAGUAUCAUGGAUCAACUUGUGGAAAAAAAUGUAAUAAGCGAUUCAUUCUCACUAUGCUAUGGUGGCAUGGAUGUUGGAGGGGGAGCAAUGGUUCUUGGUGGCAUAUCUCCCCCAUCAGACAUGGUCUUUGCAUAUUCAGAUCCUGUGCGCAGUCCAUAUUACAAUAUUGAUUUGAAGGAGAUACAUGUUGCGGGGAAGCAACUGCCUCUAAAUACAAAUAUUUUUGAUGGGAAACAUGGAACUGUCCUGGAUAGCGGUACAACUUAUGCUUACCUGCCAGAAGCAGCAUUUCUUGCAUUUAAAGAUGCGAUAUUAAAGGAACUUCAAUCUCUCAAGCAGAUCAGUGGUCCAGAUCCAAAUUAUAAUGAUAUAUGUUUUUCUGGUGCUGGAAUUGUUGCUUCUCAACUCUCUAAAAGUUUUCCAGUGGUUGACAUGGUAUUUGGAAAUGGUGAAAAGUAUUCACUCUCACCUGAAAACUACAUGUUCCGGCAUUCAAAAGUGGGAGGAGCAUACUGUCUUGGGGUUUUCCAAAAUGGAAAGGACCCAACUACUCUAUUAGGAGGUAUUAUUGUCCGAAACACUCUUGUGAUGUAUGAUCGUGAGCAAGAAAAGAUUGGUUUCUGGAAAACAAACUGUGCCGAGUUAUGGGAAAGAUUACAGGAAUCCAUUGCCCCAUCAUUACCUCCAAAUUCAGAAGCAAGCUAUCCAACUGAAGCAUUAGAGCCGUCAGUUGCUCCAUCUUUGUCGCGGAAUAAUUCUCCUCCAGAAUUGGCUGGACUCUUCGCUCAUGGGUUAGAUGUUAAUACUUCCCAGGUCCACUUACUGAAUUUUACGUCAACUGGAAAUGAUUCCCUCAGUAAAUGGGUCAUAACCCCAAAACCGUAUGCUCAUUAUAUUUCUAACACUACUGCAACGAAUAUAAUUUCCCGGCUAGCUGAACAUCGCAUCCAACUUCCUGACUCCUUUGGAAAUUAUAAGUUGAUUGAUUGGAGUGUUGAGCCUCCAUCAAAGAAUUGGUGGCAGCAAUACUUCUGGGUCGUGGGUUUAGCUAUUUUGGUGGCAUUACUUGUAGGACUGUCAAUAUUAGGAACGUUCUUAAUUUGGAGAAAAAGACAGCAAAACUUGCAUUCAUACAAGCCAGUGGAUGCAUCUGUUCCUGAGCAAGAACUUCAGCCAUUAUGA